AUGGACACUCCUUCAAAGUCUAGCAAUGAUGAACCUAGAGUUUUGAAAGAGGUUGACUGCUAUAUUUCCCCAGCUAUGCAGAAGCAAAUCCUACUGCUUCUGUAUAAAAAUCGAGAGGAUUAUCACACGCUAGAUAAUGAGUCAAUUAAAGAAGCUCGUAUUAAACCGAAUCUUGAUUUGCUUGAAUUUGUUGUAAGAGACGGGCGGAGUUCUUUCGUUGAACCUGUUGGUGAUCAGAUGGACACUUAUUUACUGCGUUCCAACACUGUUACAUUCCCGAGAACUUUACUGGGCUACUUCGUUAAUGAUGAAUGCCACUUUAUACCGCUUAAACGAGACGUUUUGGUUUUGGAUACUUGUAAAGAACCAGUUAAAGUUGAUAAGACAAACCAGAAUUCUGAUUCGUCAACUUUAACUGCUGUGGGUCCUGCGGCAUUCGUGUCUGCCCGUCUCAGGACUGCUGAUGCAAAUGCUUUACGAGGUCCUAUGGCAAGUCGUCGAAAACCUGCAGAUAGUGAUCCUGAUGUUAUAUUCCUGAAACAACAGAUUCAAGCACCAUGGUGUCCAGUACAGUAUAAGCGCUUUAAUCCUAGUGAAGCUUUUGAAAGGCGCAUUCCUUUAUUAUAUCCAAAUGAUGAUAUGCCUGAAAUAACUAGAAAUCGAGUAAUGGGUCCAAGUCAAGAAGAAUAUGUGAACAGUUUGUUAGCUGCAGUAACACCACAUGUCCUUGAUCGUAAUCGUAUGGAACCAGUUAAACCACCUACAUUGGAAGAACUUAUUCAAACAAUCAUGAUAAAAGCACAACUUAUUCGAUUCGACAAGUUGGUUAUUUGCUUACGUGAACGCUUCAAAGAUCCCCAUUCAGUUACUAACGCUACUGUUUUACAAUAUUUACCGACAUAUGCUGUUCUACUUCGUGGAUGGUGGGUCGCUAAAAGUGAAAUUCUUUAUCCACCAUAUUCAUUCAGUGAACAUAGUGGUACACCAAGUGCAUUGUUAGUUCUUGCACGUGAUUAUAUUAUGGCUGUAUUCCAUCGCGGUGAACAUUUAACUCGUAAAACUAUUUCAUGUAUGACCAAAGUGCCUACUGUUGAAGCUACAGAAAUGCUAAAAUCUUUAGCAUGUAAAAUGUCAACCGCGCAAAAAGGUUGUGCAAAUCAUUGGGAAUUUCAUCCGACUGAUUAUGAUUUUAUCAAGAAAUAUCCAGAUAUUGUACAACAACAACAAGUUGCCUGGGAGAUUCGCAUUCGUCAAUUAUGUACACGAUUAAAACUAGAACAUCUAGUGUCGGACGGAGUCCGACGUAAACGUAAUCCUGGACAAAAUUCCGGUGAAAGUGGUUCCGACUCUGAGACUGGCUUUAAAUCACUUGUUUCAGGUGUACAUAUUUCAACUCCAGGUAAAAAUACAAAUCGUAAACGUGUACGUCAAUCCAGUGUAUGUCAUACAACAGAUACUGAAAAAAAUAGAAAUUCAUCAAAAUCACCUGAUUCUAAACGUAUACGAACUCAAAGUCUUUCAUCGAGUUAUUCUCCUCCUGGUGGUUUAUCGUCUCCUCCUCAUUCUACUACAACAACUACUACUAAAUUAUCUUCUUCUCUUCAAAAAGAUGCUGCAUCAUCAGAAUUUUGUACACCUAUCAGCCCACGAUCUGUUAAACUAAAUUCUCCGAAGCCAAAAGUAAAUAAUACACCUGUUUCUCCAGAGAUUCCCGAUAAUUCACAAGCUUCAUCGGUAGCAAAUUCAUUGAAUAAUCAGACAGUUGCUUGUAAAGUGGAACCUGAUAGUCCUGUGGAUGGUGAUACCGGUGAUACUGCUGCUGCCGCUACUACUACUACUACCGGCGUUGUUGCUUCAGUUUCCACUGCUGAUUCAGAUGUUGAACAAGCUAAGCUCAAACGUUCACCAUCAUUUCAAAAUUUCUCACAGUCACCUGUCAUGAAUGAUUGUUAUAAUGAUCAAAUCAAUGGUAAUAUUGAAUUGUCUGAUCGAAUUAAUCCUAUCGGUGAUCAUGUUGAUUCACUGCGCACACCAUUACAAUCUGUUCAUGACACAAAUAAAGAUGACAACAGCAACAACAGUAACAAUAAUAAUUUACUAAAUAUUGACAAUAUCAAUGAUGAAUUACCAGAAGUGUUUGUGAAUAAUUCAAUUAAUUUUGUAAAAAAUGUUUUAAAUACUCAACCGAUUGUAGCAUUAUCUGCAUUAACUAAGAUCUAUCAGCAACAACUAGGCAAUUUCAAUGCAAAUUUUCAUGCUACAUUUUGGAAAAACAGUCCACCACCUCCACCAGGCUCAGAAAGUGAACGUGAAUUAUUGAAAACAUAUCUUUUAAAAGUUUUACACACAAUUGAUGCGCGUGAAUUAACCGUUUGUUGGCCAACUAUACCAACAGCACUUGAGAAAGAACCAUUAUUUGUUAUCAAAGUAGCUGGUCCAGAAUGUGGAGCUGUCAGUGAAUCAAUAGCACAAUUUCGUGAUAUAAUCUUAGCACUGUAUGAAUCUUUACCAAGUUUCAAAAUGAAAGAUUUACAAGAAAAAUGUCCAAUCUUUCCACCAAAAGGCAUGUCUGAAAAAGCUAUGCGAACAUUCAUCAAGCAAUAUUGUAUAUUCAGACAUGGGAGAUAUUUUCUACGUUGUACUGUUUCGGACGAUUAA